CCACACGCUCACGCGCGCAUCCUUCACACUCUGCGUUGACUGGCGCUCAGGUCGGACACACCGGGAAUGGGAUCUUUGGCGAAGAAAACCUUCCAAUUUUUCCGCGUUUAUGCCCUCCAGAGGCUCCUUUUUAUUUUGCGGGAAUAAUUCCGGGUAGGACAUUGAACUCAAAUGUGAGGGGAGAAGAUGUGUUGAAAUGUAAAAAGUUGCUAUAGAAAAGACAACGAAUGGGAUAAUAACUGCAAUUAGGAUUAUGUAAAAAAAAGACUUUAAAUAUCUGGAAAGAUUCCCCGAACAUCAAAAUUUUAAAGAGAUUUUCCUUUUUUUUACUCACUCACAAUAAUAACCAAAGAAUUUGAGCAAUUUGGAGAGAGCUUCAUUAGUGAUAGAUAUUAGUCGAAGGUAACGAGCAGGUUGAAAGGAAAGUUCACGGAGGUAACGGAAAGUUUCCUGAAAGUUGCUGUGCGUCUUUGUGUAUGGAGAGAGGCAUUGUGUAUGAGGCUUUUCAUCAUGGCCAAGUGGUUUAAAGAUUUCCCCACUCUGAAAACGGGCUCGGACCGACUUCGCUCGGCGUCUGAAUCCGGAGCGCAGACUCGACCCCGAGCGGCGCUGAGCGGCGGAACCGGAGCCAAAGCGAGUCCGCGGAAAAACUCGGAGAACGCAGGCGGGGUGGGUUCACUCCUCUCCGGGAGGAAUCGCAAAAACUCGGCCGUCGAGCUGGGCCGAAACCACGCGAGUCCGGGCUCGGUCAAGGAUGCCAAGAUAUGGGAGAUCCUGAUACCUGGCAAAAGCAAGAAGAACGUAAAGAUGGAGGGUUUUGAGGAUCACCGCACGCUGAGGACAAGCGCCAUCGCCGACGCGUACAUGAGCCGCAUGAUCAAAGUGGAUAAACAGGACAAAUGGCAGGAGAAGAAAUACAACAGCACUGCUGCUGAAGGCACCGGGAGCGACACAGAGCGAGGAAAAACACCUGUUAAGACCGAAACGCUGAUUAUCUUGGAGGACUAUGCUGACCCUUUUGAUGCUGAGAAAACGAGAGAGCAGAGAGAAGCUGAAAGAGAAGGAGAGAACGAUGGAUAUAUGGAGCCGUAUGAUGCCCAACUCAUUAUCACAGAGAUUCGUCGUCGCGGGUCCAAGGACCUUCUGAAGGUGUGCGUGGUGUUGAACGGAGGAGAUGGAGAAGGGUCUGGAUCCACACAGAUCUACGACGUGCCAUAUGAAGAGGUUCUGGAGGGCAUCCCCCUGACCCGGCCCGAGUCUGACCCCCGACCACCUGCUGAAUAUGAACUCCCCUGGGAGUGGAAGAAGGAGCAAAUUGUUCGAGCACUGUCAGCUCAGUUUGAUGGUGUGGAGAGGGUGGUUAAAGAGGACUCUGCUCCCACUGGUGUUAAACAACAGACUCUGCGCUCUGUGAAGAGCUGGACACCCAAAUCCCUGCGCCUGUCCCCUCCCUCCUCCCCGAAAGCCAGCCCGGACUCUGAGAGCCCUAAAGUGGACCCCACCGUGCCCCUCGAGUUACAGAGCUGGUACCAUGGCAGCGUCAGUCGUCAAGAGGCUGAGGCUCAGCUGCAGAACUGUAAGGAAGCCAGCUUCCUGGUGCGCGACAGCGAAUCAGCCACCAGCAAAUACUCCAUUGCCCUGAAGACCAGCCAGGGUUGUGUGCACAUUAUUGUAGCACAGACCAAAGAGUGUGGCUAUACACUGGACCAGAGCAGCUGUGUGUUUCCCAGCAUCCCAGAGGUGGUGCACCACUACUGCACCCAGCGUCUGCCCUUCACUGGAGCUGAGCACAUGACCCUGCAGCACCCUGUACCCCGUACACACUGAUCAUCUCCCAAAACACUUCUCACUACAGCCAAGCACAUCAUCUCCCUACAUCUCCCUGCAGACACACACUGGAAAAUCCUACAUAGCAGCUAACUUCAAUGCUGGACAAGUAACUAAUAAUGACUGCCACAUAAAUAUUCCCCAGCGGGGCAUAUCCACUACCAUAAUCCACUACCAUAAUCCCAACCUAAUACUCAUCCUUCCUCCCUGUAUACAUGUGUUUGUGUGUGAUUAUUGUUUUUGGAAUGAAUGUGUUUCAGUAUUCUGUACUGUAUUCCCGAUUUUAUUUUCCCAAUUUAAGCCAAAGCCAUUAGUCAUGUACUAACCUCUAAUGACCCAAAAGGGGAAAUAAUACUACAAAUGCUAAAGUUUAGACACAGCAUUGUGGUUUAUUUAGUUUCUAAUUUGUUUGUGAAUAUGUUUCCUUCACACCUUACUUGUCUCCUCUCUCUGGUACCUUCUGGAGUCUGUGAACGUGUUAAGCUUCUAAUCAUCACUCUACAAAAAGUGCCUCUGUUCUAAUGGCACUCCGGAGGCAGAAGACGACAAUAAUGACACCACUGAGAUGCUCAUUAGCUCCCCCUGAUGACUGCAAUCACACACCGCAACAAGAUGGAGUCAGUUCUUAAGUCUUCAGAUCUGUUGCCAAAUCAAUCAAUCAAUCAAUCAAUCAGUCAGUCAGUUUGCCCUUUGUCUGUUAGGCUGCUUAUCUUGAUGACUGUGUGUAUGUAAGAGCCAAAUCUUGUUUGUGUUGCUCAUUUGUUGUGUCUUAUUGUUGUCUUUUAUAUUUCAAGAUUAAACGAUAUCUUAAAAGUAUUGACAGCUGCAGGACAAUCAAGUUGGCUGACAUUGGCCAUCUGAUCAGUGAAGUGUCUCUAGUGAUUGGCCCACUUUCCUGUAUGCCCUUGAUAAAGCUUUCUGCUGAUUGGGAGUCGUGUUUGGGGUGUUAAUUUGAUUUUGUGGUGUAAGCACUCAAGGUUGAUAAGUGGUAGAGGAUCUGUGGCUGCUACUGGUGAGUGCAUUGCACUGAACGAUUUCAUACAAAAAAAAUACACUUUUGAUAUGCAAUUUUUUGUUUAUUUUCAUGCAUUUAUUUUGAAAUUUGAAAAUGGAAAAGUGCCCUUAAAGUGAUAACGCAAUUCUAAUUUUUAAAGAAUUUUACCUUUGUACAAUAUAAGAUCAUGCAAAGCCUUAAAUAAAGAAAUUGUGAUUUUAAAUGUG